UUUAUAUCUUAAUUUCAUGUUUAUUGCCCACCUUUAAUUUCAAUUAAUUGCAAAAAGGUAUUAGGUGCGACGGCCACCUUUACUACGUCAAAAGACGUCUGGACCGACAGCCGACAUACACUCUUGGUGCCAGCAGAUGCGAUAUUAUAUCGGAUUUUCACUGCGCACAGUGUUUUUCAUGUUGCACAUGUAACGAAGGCUCCAGCAGAAACAAAAUAAUUACGACUCGGCGAAGUUAAAUGUACGCACACAACUUUAAGCUGCAACGGUAGUUCACAAUUCGCUACUAUGGAUUGCAAUUUGGGCAGCGAAAUAGGCCAGAAGAUGCGCAGUGCCGUAAAGGCUAAGCUCCUGGAACUUGGUACUGGCGGCUCGGCUGGUUUUAUUGACGACGAAUUGCCGGACUACGUCAUGGUGAUGGUCGCAAAUAAGCGCACCAAACAGCAAAUGAAUGCAGAACUCAAUCUGUUCUUGGGCGAUCAAACGGACCUCUUUGUUACUUGGUUGCACGAAGUGCUUCAAAAGCUGCAGGAAGUGACACUGCCUGCAUCAAGUGCAGCCAGUAAAAAGCGGAAAUCAGAAAAGGCGAAGGAGAAAAAAGUUGGGAAAAAGGAAAAAAGAGGCCAUAGGAAAUCGGGCGAUGAUGCACAGCUUUAUCCGAUAUCCAACGAGCCGGCAACGUCAGAUGGCGUUCCGGUAAUUAACUCCAUCACUGACGUGUUCGCCGAGGAACUUUUGGAAAAAGCUAAAAAGACCUUGGAUGUGGAUACUGAUUUGAAGGAUGAAAUACUGCAAAAGAAAAAGAAGCGCAAAUCUUGCGAUGAACAACUACAUCAUAUGGCGGGUGCUUCAGAAGAAGGAUCGACAAAGCAAGAUUUUGAUAUACCAACUAUGUCGGAAAUCUCGUCGACCACUGCUGCAUCCAAAGACAACACUGACGGAGCAAUCUCAAGUGGCAAUCGUGAGAAAGAUCUAGCUGAAUUAGCCGAGAUACAGAGGAAAAUUUAUGCUGCCAAGAAACACCUGCGCAAAAUUGGUGAACUAGAAGCCGAUGAAGAAAUUGAUGAUGAUGAAGAUGAGGAUUUUAUAAACUUGAACGAGCAAGAAGAAUCUGUGGGCAAUGACGACGAGGAGUCCCAAAAAUCAACACAAGAGACGACGCGAAAAGUCAGGAGUCCUAUUAUUUUCAAAAAACGAGCAAAGACUCCCGAACCAGCGGCAACAAGCAAAGAGCAGGUCCCAACGACACGUGAUAAAGAGGUGGAGCGUCAGCCAGAGCACAAACCACGUGAACAGACCGAAAAAACUUCAGAGGAACGCAACGAACGGCGACCUGUGCACGAGCGCCUCGGUUCUAAGCCCCAGCCGCUGGAGCGAGUGCAACGAGUGCAAAAGCAGCUCUAUGUGCCCGCCCAUCGACGCCGCACCGAACAGGAGGCGGAAAGGCAGCGGAGCAGAGAACGCAUUCAACGAGAAAGGGAGCGCUCACGCGAACGUCGCAACAGUCGCGAACGAGAGCGACAAGACAGUCUGCGUGAAUCAGCCAGAAAUAGACGCUCUUCGCCGCUACCGCCUCCAAAGGACAAAGUUGUGCAGCGUUCGCUCUCCAGUGAAAAUACUAUAGUAAAGCAACGAGUUGUUUCGCGUGUCAUUGUGGCGCCCAACAAGACACCAGAACCAUCCGAUGAUGAGGAUUUGCUCGAGAAGCCUGUCAACUCAGUUAUCAAAAUUAAGCCCAGACCACAAGUGUCUCCUCGGCGACAAGCGUGUAAGAAUUUGCUGCUGCGUGCUGUAGCCGAUGCACAACGCUCAACAAUAUUGGCUAAGCCCUCCCCCACUUCAGCAUCGAAAAAAGACAACGAUGAGCCUGUGCUCAUAAGUGCGACGCUGGGCAAGCGUAAAGCCACUGAACGCUGCACAAACCCCACAAAUUAUCGUGAAGUGGAACGGGAACGUGCCAAACGUAGUGCACCCAACAACGAGCUCUUCAGACGUACCACGCGGGAGCUCGUCGUCAAUGUGCUGCAACACGAUAAGCGUUCAAGGGGUCGUGAACGUGAACACAUAAAAGCCAAACUAGUGGAGGAGGAAUAUGUACCGACACUGGGUAGGGACAAAUACAGUGCAGACCUUGAGCCUUAUGUACCCCAGAUUAUAGAUCCAACGGAUAUUGAUAUGCACCUGACUUCCAAUGAUGAGUCCAGCAUUGUUGGAGCUGGCCCAAAGACACAGUUCGUGGUCACCUUAAAUGGUGAAAAAUCAUUGGGUCCAUACCGGAAACGUUCAAGUGCCUCACGCAAACGCACACCCUCGCCCACAACGCCACAAGUGUCCUCAUCUUCAGCCGCCCAUAACAGUACUGAGCCUUCAUCUACCACAUCGUUGGGGGGCAACAGUCGUCGACGCAAACCCGAUGGGAAAUCCAGGGAGCGCAAUUCAUCGCAUUCACCGACUCUGAGCAACACGCCGCCGCCUUUGAUAUCACGCAGUCUGAAUCGCAGCGAAGUCUUGCGGCAGCCAACAGAAAUUAAGAAGAUCAUCAUAAAAAGCGAUACGGACGAGGAAGAUGAGCCAUCGCUACAAUCAAACAAGGGGAAUGGCUCGCCAAGAAAGCGCUCGGUCACAAAACGUCUGGGCUCCUCUGUGGUCGCUACUUCCUCAUCAUUACUAACAGUGGCGGCGACGGCUGCUAAUGGCUAUAACAAAUCUAAAACUAAGCAGGAAGAACGAUCAACUACGCCACCACUGCCACCCAAAAAGCUGGCUGACAAACGGAGUGCCAGCAAGGAGGAAUUUCUGACGGCAGCAGAGCCAGCACUUCCGCAGAAAAACAAACACACGCCAAUACGUUUCACCUUAAAGAAUGAUGAGGAACUAGUGCCGCAGAAAAAACGGCGUUCCGAUAGUCAGGAGGAGCGUGACAAGCCUGUCCGUGAUACGUCAACGGAACGCCGCAAAAUUUCAAUACGCACAGCCGAGGACCGAAAAUAUGAUAAUCUCCCGGCAUUAAGCGCAGUUAGUGUGGACUCUACAGUUUUGAAGGUGUCUAAACCGAAGGAACGCUGCAUAUAUCAUCCGAAUUGCACUAAACAGUUCUGUGAAUACUACCAUCCGACGGCGCCCUGUAAAUCGUUCCCCAAUUGCAAGUUUGCCGACAAGUGUAUGUAUUCCCAUCCAAAGUGCAAGUUCGACAUGGCUUGCAUGAGCGUCGACUGCAAUUAUGCACAUAGUGGCCCGCGUGAUCUCAGUCACGUACAGCUGACAGCACCGCCUUUAUCCUCACACGUUAUACCGGUGCAAAACUACAAAUCUAUCUCGGCACCAAUCACCACAACUACGGCGACCACGAUGUGUAAAUAUUAUCCGAACUGCACCAACUUGGGGUGCACUUUCUAUCAUCCGAAGCCGUGCCGGUACGGCAAGAACUGCAUCAAUAAGCUGGAGUGCGUCUUUUACCAUCCGGAAAUGCAGAGCAAAUUCAAAUGGGUCGCCUCAUUGGGCUAGGAUACGACCAUAAUUUGCGUUCUCUAGACCAAAGCACCAGCCAAGCUCGUUGAAGCCAUCUUGAGCGAAGGGCCUUUUCAGCAAUUAUGGAUAUUAUAUUAUUCGUUUUGAGCUAUGUUUUUAAUUUAUCCACGGAGAGUUAUACUGGAAUUAUGUUUUCAAUCAUCCAUGAUUGAUUAGGCAUACAACUAUUUAAUAUUUUAUUUAGAAGUUAGUGCACGCAUCUCCUAACAUUGUUGUAAAGCGAAUAGAAGAUAAAAGAACUGCAUACGUUUUACAUCAUUUAAGCAAUUAUAAACACGUCAUGCUAAAGUCGACAAAUAAAAUUA